GUUGGGCUCCACAUCAUGACGGCCCUGUUCGCAUGCACGUACCAGAUUCGACAGCAUGAUUCUUCUCAUCGUCGAUACCUGACAGUCAUGGGAGGACCACGUCCUGCUCGCUUCAGUUGGCUGCCUCCUUGGCAUGGAACAGGCGUGACCCACCCACUAGCAGCUCAAAUCCAGGGCAUAUGGCGUCGACCCUGCGCCACAGCAACAGCCACCCGAAAUGACGCACCCGCGUCUGCCGCACGCAAUUAGUCUGCAUACUCCGUUACUGCACGCUAGCUCUAUAGGUAAUACAUGCACAAUGCUAACCUUGGUAGGCUGAUUGGGGAGCCGAGGCUACCGGCAGUGUAUUGAGACUCGAAGUUUAGUGUUAAUCAUGGACG